AUGGCCGACGACCCAGAUGACUACGAAGACGUCAUCUUCACUGAGCCAGAAGCGGACGGCCAAGAGGGGUCACUCUUCGUCGACGGUGACGGUACACCUCAGGUGGAAACGACACCCGAUCUCCGCAACGACAGUCCAUUGUUCGUACCCAGCAGCGCCAGUCCAGCUCCCUCGGCGCGCUCAGCAUACACAGCACAUACCUCUGCCAGUGAGGGUGACAUGCUGCGCACCGCUCUGAGGAACAGCACAAGUGCAAUCCCCGAAGGCCAGGAACAGGAGCUGCAAGACCCCGACGACGAGGCUGUGGCUUCUGAUGUUGAGUCGGAGGCUCCAGCUCCUCUCACAUGCAAUCGCAGAAGCAUCAAGAGACCACCGAAGCGCAACCAGCCUAACAAGGGUCACCGCGGUGGUGGUGGCGGAGGAGGAGGAGGAGGAGGAGGAGGAGGAGACGACGACGACGACGACGACGACGACGACGACGACGACGACGACGACGACGACCCCGAUGAUGAUCCCAGGCCCGCAGAGCCUCAAUGGGAGAAUGAGCACUGUCACGCAAACUGCCGAAUUGGUUGGAAUAUGCUCGAAGCCUGGCACGAACGGCAAAACGCACGUCGCAACGCACGCCACCGUGCCAGAGAGUUAGCAUUGGCCCGGCGAGUUCACCAGCGUGAUGUCCAGAUUGCCCAGCUUCAGACCCGGAAUUCACAGCUCCAGGCCCAGCUUGCGGGCCAACGGAGACCAGCCCGUACUACUAUCAACACCGACCAUAUGGCCGUACCAGGUCUGGACAAAUUGCCACAGUUUAUCCGUACGCGUAUUCUAGAGCACAUACUCGUGUUCAGCGACAACGUCCAUGUCAUCUCAAGGCCCGACCUAUAUCAGGCGCCCAUCCUCCAAACACACCAGCAAGGUCGCCGCGUGACGGCUAACGAGAUGACCAUCCCCCGCCGCUUCUUCAUUGGCAACGGCGACUGUUCAAUCACCUAUGCCAUACGCCCAAAGCAUUUGCUCACUGCCAAGUAUGCGUCAAGGCGUACCCACGGUCUGGGCCUCUUGCCUCAGGCCAUCCGCCUCAAGACCAUCCGGAUCCACGUCCAGGAAUCUUCGGAGAAGUGCAUACGUCGCCAGCAUGAGACUGGAGGUGCCAGGCGCUACAUGAACGACAUCACCGAAGGACAGCCCAACAACCGCCGCAAGCGUAACCUCAAGACCUUGCAAGGCUUGGAUUACUUGGAGUCUCUCCGAGGGGUGAAGUGGGUACAGAUUUUCGACUUUGACCACUGGCUUCACCGAGGCAAACUGGUCCCCGUUUGUGACUACUCAUUUGUUCAGUGCGUGCAGAGCCAAAUUUACCGACCCAAGGGUGGCGAGGCACAGGAACUUUCGGAGCUGAGUGGAACACAUGCCACUCUGACGAACUAUCAACUGUCACACUACGAAUGCGGGAUACUGGAAGCGAUCAGUGCAUAUCACACAGCGAGAAUUAUAAAACAGGAGCAAGGGCCUCAUCCAGGCCCACCGCCUGCUCCUGGCAUGGUUCCCAUCGAACUGAUCACCAUCAACGAUAGUGAGGAAGAUGGCAAUACCGAUGACAACAUCUCGAGCGUCAGCGAUGAAUCAGACACCGGAUCUAGCUCUGAGGAGGAGGACGACGACGAACCAGCGAAGACACCGACCCAGUUCGACCCUGGUUACCACACGCAGCCAUCCAGCUUUGAGCCAGAAGGAGCUUUCGGAAGCGCAACGAGUCCAUUGAUUAUCUUGGACGAUAGCGACGAGGAGAGUGAAGACGAAGAUGUGGAUGGCGUGGAGCACGCGGAAACGUUCGACGACAGCGGCGAGGAGAGUGAGGAUGUCCACAUGGGAAACGCCGAGAAGACAGAAACCCUCGAGAUUGAUAUCGACGACGACGACGUAUCGCCCGCGCAUGAUGCCGUCGGUAACCGCUUUGAUAGUGCUGCUGGAUUGUCCAUGGAUUCAACGGGUGGAAAUAUUGGCCAAAGGCCUCAGGAUGAAGGCAGUCUGUUUGUCCCCCAGGGGAUGGACUUGGAUAGCGACGACGGCUGCGACGGACAAGACGAAGACGGGGAACACAGCAUGGCUGAUGGCGUUUGA